AUGACACGCAAACCAAUCAUAGCAGUCGCAGGUCUUGCUUGUGAGACCUCAACCUUCACACCCUCACGGACUCUCGCUCCAGCAUUCCACCCCAAGCGCGGCUCCGAGAUCUUCGACAAGCACACGUUUAUCCGCCCAGGAACGCCACUUGGCGAUGCUGCAGAAUGGCACGGCGCGCUGAUAGGGCAUGCUCUCCCGGGUGGUGUGGUAACCAAAGCUGCAUUCGAGGAGCUUGCGGGUGAGAUUGUGGAGCGGCUUACACGUAUUGUGGAUGCCAUGUCUUUGGAUGGGCUGUGGUUUGAUAUUCACGGUGCUAUGUGUGUAGAGGGUAUGGAUGAUAUCGAGGCUGAGCUGUUAAGGAGGAUCAGGAAGGUCAUUGGCCCGAAAAUCUUGGUUUCCGCGUCGAUGGACCUUCAUGGGAAUGUUAGCAGGGCGCUUUUACACCAGACUGAUCUGAUCACGUGUUAUCGGACUGCUCCUCAUGUUGAUGUUGUUGAGACAAGGAAGCGGGCCUGUCGGAAUUUGGUGGAUUUGUUGGAUCGGAAAGACGGGCCUGUGAGGCCGUACAAGGCGUGGGUGCCGAUUCCUAUCCUUCUUCCAGGCGAGCAGACAUCGACUCGUCUAGAACCAGCGAAGCAUAUCUACGAAGCAGUUCCUGGUGUGGAAGCAAUGGACGGUGUCAUUGAUGCAGCGAUAUGGGUGGGAUAUGCAUGGGCGGAUGAGCCACGCAAUCGAGCUGUUGUCGUGGCUACCGGAUGGGACGAGAAAGCCGUCUCGAAAGGAGCUGAGAAACUGGCGAAGAUAUUUUGGGCUGCACACAAAGAUUUCGAGUUUGUUGCUCCAACCGGAUCGUUCAAGAAGUGUCUUGAUGCUGCCUUAAGUCCUGGUGCAAAACAUCCUUACUUCAUAUCAGAUUCUGGAGAUAAUCCGACAGCUGGCGGAUCUGGAGAUGUGUCUUGGGGUCUCACAAAACUUCUUGCACGUCCUGAAUUACAGAAUGAAACGGGACCAAAAGUCAUUUAUGCGAGUGUUCCUGGACCUGAAGCGAUUCGAGUUGCAGUGGAGGCUGGUAUUGGAGCAACAGUUACUGUCACUGCAGGAGCGGAGAUUGACAAUCUCCACGCAGGCCCAGUGACAAUGAAAGGACGAGUUCAUUCGAUCAAGCAUGGCGACAAAGAUGCUGUCGUUGAAGUGGUCAUUCAAGUCGGCAGCGUCUUCGCGAUUCUCACCAAGCUGCGGAAACCAUAUCAUCACGAGAGUGACUUCACUGAACUCAAUCUCAAGCCUCGAUCGGCAGAUAUCGUGAUCGUCAAGAUCGGGUAUUUGGAGCCAGAAUUGUACGAUAUGGCAGCAGAUUGGAUGUUGGGUCUAACUCCUGGGGGUGUGGAUCAGGAUAUCGAGAGAUUGGGACAUCACCGGAUUCGGAGACCGAUGUGGCCGUUUGACAAGAAAUUCGAGGCUACGCCAGACCUUUCUGCGAGACUGAUAUCUUUUUCAGAUGAACCUCUCUCGGGGCCCGACGAAUGA